UGGUUGUUCGGGCUUUGGUGUUUCUGCGUCUGGGGUUGAUCCGUGGGCUGGCUUCAAGUCCAGGUUCUUCCCGAGUAGUCUCAGCGAGGCUUCUUCUUGCAGCUUGAUCGCGCUGGUCGGCCUGUCGCCCGCUGCGUCCCGGGUCCCUUACCCUGACUCGGACGUCCUUGCUUUUCCCUCUGGGUCUUCGUCGGUCACCGCGGUACCUUAGGGGCCAGGUCCCGGCCAGCCUUUACGUCUUAGCCUGCCCACUGGGAUUUCUCCUCUGAUUUCCCUCAUUGGGUGCUUUGUUUUGGUGGUUGUCUUCACACAUCAGAGUCUUACCUCUUCAGCCAAAUUCUUCUAGGGUUUUGCAGAACUGUUACUCCAUCCUUACUGAAAAAGCACAGCAUUUCUCAUGGGUCACUGGAGGAACCUCUGCUGGUUCUAGGGUGAAGGCCAUGCCGCCCCCUGGGAAAGUUCCCCGAAAGGAGAAACUGGGGCUACAGUGUGAGUGGGGGUCCUGCUCCUUUGUGUGCUCAGCCAUGGAGGAGUUCUGUGAGCAUGUCACUCAACACCUGCAGAAGUACCUGCACAACUCAGAGGAGGAAGAGGAAGAGGAGGAGGAUCCCUUGGAGGAAGAAUUCUCCUGCUUAUGGCAGGAGUGUGGCUUUUGUUCUCUGGACAGUUCUGCUGAUCUUGUCCGCCAUGUCUACUUCCACUGCUACCACACCAAGCUGAAGCAGUGGGGGCUGCAGGCCCUGCAGAGCCAGGCUGACCUCAGCCCCUGCAUCCUGGACUUCCACAGCCGCAACAUCAUUCCUGACAUCCCUGACCACUUCCUGUGUCUGUGGGAGCACUGUGAGAGCUCCUUCGACAAUCCUGAGUGGUUCUAUCGGCAUGUAGAAGCGCACAGCCUGUGCUGUGAAUACAAAGCAGUUGGUAAAGACAACCACAUGGUGCUGUGUGGCUGGAAAGGUUGUACCUGUACCUUCAAGGACCACUGUAAGCUUCGUGAACAUCUCCGUAGCCAUACCCAGGAGAAGGUGGUAGCUUGCCCAACUUGCGGGGGCAUGUUUGCCAACAACACCAAGUUCUUAGAUCACAUCCGUCGCCAGACCUCAUUGGAUCAGCAGCGCUUCCAGUGCUCUCACUGUUCCAAGAGAUUUGCCACUGAGCGGCUUUUGCGGGACCACAUGCGUAACCAUGUGAACCACUAUAAGUGCCCUCUAUGUGAUAUGACCUGUCCACUGCCAUCCUCCCUCCGUAACCACAUGCGCUUUCGCCACAGCGAGGACCGGCCCUUUAAAUGCGACUGUUGUGACUACAGCUGCAAGAAUCUAAUCGACCUCCGGAAACACCUGGAUACCCACAGCAAGGAGCCAGCCUACAGGUGUGAUUUUGAGAACUGCAGCUUCAGUGCCAGAGCUCUCUGCUCUAUCAAGUCCCAUUACCGAAAAGUACAUGAAGGGUACUCAGAGCCAAGGUAUAAAUGUCAUGUGUGUGACAAAUGUUUCACAAGGGGCAAUAACCUCACUGUGCAUCUUCGCAAGAAGCACCAGUUCAAGUGGCCCUCAGGGCACCCCCGUUUUCGGUACAAGGAGCAUGAAGAUGGCUACAUGCGGCUACAGCUAGUUCGCUAUGAAAGUGUAGAGCUGACACAGCAACUUCUACAGCAACCACAAGAGGGAUCGGGCCUGGGAGCAUCACUGAAUGAGAGCAGCCUGCAGAGCAUCAUUCUAGAAACAGUGCCAGGGGAAUCAGGACCCCAGGAAGAGGCUGAAGAGGAAGAGGAAGGCAGAGGUGGUAAGGGGACAGCCCUCUUAGCCUCUCAGGACACCUCGAGUCCCAUCAUCCAUGUGGUGAAUCAGACCAGUGCCCAAGAGAUUGUCUACUAUGUGCUAUCUGAAGCCCUGGGAGAGUCCCCCCAGGCCCCUAAGUCCCCCUCAGGGUGCAUCAUGGAAAAGCUUCAGGGAAUAGCUGAGGAGCCAGAAGUCCAGAUGGUAUGAAGGCAUUAGAGCCUGACCAUUCCUAACCCAGAUUCUAGGGUUUCAUCCAGGCUGGUGACAGUGCCCCUUUGGGAAACCCUUGCCAAUGGAUGUCUUUUGGAGUGAUGCUGAAAGCAGUGUGCUCCACUCUGAAUCCAGCUUGCAUGUUAGCAGACUCUAAGGACUUUCCUUUUCUGCCGGUCCACGUUUUGGGAUCUUGAGGAAUUUUCAUUAGAGGGGGACACCCUAGUUGUGUGUGUUCUUGUAGAGAGAGCUAGUAUCAGGCUUAAUCGUAACCCCUAGAAAUGCUGGAACAGUGAUUAAAAUCCUUAGUCAACUUGCAUCCAUUCUCAUCUUUAGGGUUACUCAAGCCCAGGGAUGACAUGUAACUAGUCCCUGCAAUGGCCCUUUCAUCAUAGCCAGCCAAGGCAUUGUGAACCAGGCACUCAUUUUCCUCUGAAUGGUUCCUCCUACAACCUAAGGACUUCCAUAUGAUCCUCAGGGAUGAGGCUGGAGGCACUGAGUGUGUAUAGCACUUGUUUUUGGUAAUAAAAGAAAUGCUUCUGCUGUUA